AUGGCAGGCCGCGAUCGCACUCUCCGCAAUACGCUCAGCUACAGUACCCGGCCGCUCUGGGACAAGUUCGACGACACCAUCCCACACGAUGAGAUUAGGCAUUACACGGCGUGGUCGCUUCCAGCCAACGACACAGCCGCAUGCGCCCGCCACGGCUGGACGCCAUACCCGCCAGCACAACGACCCAAGGUGUACGAUGUGAUCAUCUUUAGCGUCGAGCUCGAGAUGCUCGAGCUGCGCUUCAAAGAGCUUUACGACGCUGUAGACACAUUCGUCAUUGUCGAGAGCAACACCACCUUCACGGGCAAGCCCAAGAAGCUUGGCUUUGAUGCAGCCAGGUACGCGCAGUACCGCGACAAGAUUCAAUACUUUACCAUCGCAGGUCGUGCACUGGCACCGGGCGAAGGGCCUUUUGCGAUCGAGGGCGAGCAACGCAAGCACGUCACCGAGCUGCUACGUUCGCAGGUGCAGCCUCCCGACGGCAGUCUGAUCCUCAUGUCCGAUGUCGACGAGAUCCCUUCGCUCGCUGCUGUGCAGCUGCUGACCACCUGUCAAUCGCCUCUGCCCUUGCACUUGUCCCUGCGAUCGUACGUCUACUCGUUCGAAUUUCCCACCACCGCCAAGUCGUGGCGUGCACAGGUACAUGCCUGGACAUCCUCCGACACCUGGUACAACCACGGCAAGGUCACCGACAACAUCCUCCUCGACGCUGGUUGGCAUUGCUCCUCCUGCUUCCACCGCAUCUCCGACUAUCAGUUCAAGAUGCAAUCCUACAGCCACAGCGACCGCCUCUUCGGCAACCGACACUGGCGUCAACUCCUCCAUCCCAACAUCAUCCUCGACAAGAUCUGUGCAGGCAAGGAUCUCUUCGACAUGCUCCCGGAAGCAUACACCUGGAGCGAACUGCUCAAUCGUUGGAGCGGCGAAACUCGCAGCAACACCACAGCCAACCUGCCCAGAGGCUUGAUGGACAAUCAGUCCAAGUUCAAAUUCCUACUCCCCGGCGGAUGUAAAGCACGAGAUCUGGCGUCAGGACUGGAAUGA